ACGAACGGUUCGGUUGUGAUUCCAUUUUGUCGCGCGCAUAACGAACUUUUUACACCUCACACAAAUCGGCUACCGCUCUCUCUCACUCUCUCUCUCCGUCUUUCUUCCGCUGCUCUCUCUUUCACUUGCACCUUAUAAUUUAUAGUAUUUGAACAAGUGUUGAACGCUCUCUCCCGUAUCGGUGUUAUCUAGAGGAAGUACCGCCAAACAAUCGAAUAUCAAAUCCAGCAGCAUGACGGAGGGCAAGAACAUACCCAACUCCAGUGCGGAUGUACCGUUCCGCAGCAAGGAGCUGCGCAAGCAGUCGCUGAUCCAACACACGGGCCUGGUGGGCGUCAUUGAUGAGGGCACCAAGACCAUCGGCUUCUCCAUAUACACGACGCCCGAUUUCAAUGAAAUUGCCGCCCAUCGUGUGGAGCUGAGCGUGAUAAGUCCGCAGGAUGGCUGGUACGAGCAGGAUCCGCUGGAGAUCAUGGCCUCGAUCAACAAGUGUGCCGAGGAGGCCAUCAAGCAGCUGCCCGAGCAUGGCUUCACCUCCAGCGACAUUGUCUCCGUGGGUAUAACGAACCAGCGCGAGACGACCAUCGUCUGGGACGCUGUCACAGGCAAGCCGCUCUACAAUGCGAUUGUGUGGAAGGACAUACGCACCAGCAGCACUGUGGAAAAGAUUGUGGCCAAGGUGCAGGAUCCAAAUCAUUUCCGCAACAUCACUGGCCUGCCGAUCUCCACGUACUUUUCAGCCCUGAAGAUCCGCUGGCUGAAGGACAACGUGCCCGAGGUGCGGCAGGCCAUACGCGGACAGCGCUGCAAGGCGGGAACCGUCGACAGUUGGAUCGUGUGGAAUCUGACCAACGGUGCACUUCACAUCACGGACGUAACGAAUGCCUCGCGCACGCUGCUCAUGAACCUCGAAACCCAGAACUGGGACCCCGUGCUGCUCAAGACAUUCGCCAUCAAGGAGGAUAUGCUGCCCACCAUUCGCAGCUGCUCGGAGAUAUUUGGCAAGAUCACCUCGGAGCGAAGUGCACUGCGCGGCAUGACACUGAGCGGGAUUAUGGGCAACCAGCAGGCCUCGCUGCUGGGCCAAAUGUGCGUCAAACCGGGCCAGACCAAGAACACCUAUCGCUCCGGCUGCUUCUUGCUGUGCAACACGGGCGACAAGCCCGUUUUUUCACGCCACGGACUGCUAACGACUGUCGCCUAUAAGUUGGGACCGCAGGCGCCCACGAUUUACGCCAUCGAAGGAGCCGUAUCGGUGGCAGGACAUGCCCUGUCCUGGUUGCAAAACAAAAUGCGAAUUCUGCCCGACUCACGCGAUGCAGAGAAGUACGCCGAGAUGGUGCCCACAUCGGGGGAUGUCUACUUUGUGCCCGCCUUCACCGGACUGUAUGCUCCUUACUGGCGUCAGAAUGCGCGUGGCAUCAUCAUCGGCCUCACGCAAUUCACGCGGAAGAACCACAUUGUGAGGGCGGCACUGGAGAGCAUUUGCUUCCAGACACGCGACAUCCUGGAGUGCAUGCAUCAGGAGUGCGGCUAUGAGAUCAACAAGCUGCAUGCCGAUGGCAAGCUUACGACGAACAACCUGCUGAUGCAGCUCCAGGCAGACACCAUCGGCAUGCCUGUGUUCCGCUCUCAGCUGAUGGACUCGACGGCUUUCGGGGCGGCUAUGUGUGCCGCCCAAGCGGAGGGCAUCGAUCUGUGCAAGUUUGAGCCGGAGAAGCGCUACUACGAGAACGUACACUACGACACGUUCCUGGCCACAACCACGGAUGUGGAGCGAAAGGAGCGCUACGGCAAGUGGAAGCGGGCCGUCGAACGCAGCCUGGGCUGGGUCAUCAAGCAGAAGAAGACGCGCGAGCAUACCGAGGAGAACUACCGCAUGCUGUCGUCGCUGCCAGCGAGUAUAUUCCUCAUCAGCAGCUUUGCCAUGCUGGUGCACUCCUUUGCAGCGACAGCCCAGUAAUACUGCCAAUGGGCCUUCUACAUGGACUUGUGUGCUGCCAAUACUAUCGUACCCACUCCAUGACAUUUCGAUCGGUUCUCGGUUGUGAUUAUAAUUAAUUCUUCCCUUGACACACUGCACUGCCCUGCAAUGUUUGUACAUAGAUAGCUCUUCAGGAAAUCCCCUCUAAAGAGUCUAAAGAGAAAGAUGGUUAAUUGUGCUUUAAACUCUGUAAAUAGUUACGAUAGCCUACGACCCCUAAUCUUAGGCAGAAAGUCAUUUGCUCUAACCUAUUUUAAGUGUAUUGUAUACUUUACCCUAUCUUUGUUUUAUCGUCCCCCUCCCCAGGUGCGUGUCCGUUCUCUUUAACAACGAAAUUGUAUAUAGCCAAAGGGCACAAGCGAUGACUCUUAAAAUAAGUAGGUGGUACCCCGCCCCAUAUUUGUACGUGUACGUCUAUAUGUAUAGUAUGUAUAGUGAUUACGUCCCCUAACUAAUAAACAUUGCUCUUCAUUGCGAUUUACCAAGAA